AUGGUUUUAAUAACAGAAAUACAAAGCCGGAAACAAAGACGAAAGGAAAAUAGGAAGCGAAAGCGAAACUUUGGAAAGAAUAAUGUCGCUUUGGAAGAACUAGGGGAAGAAAUUCCUCCUUCCGAGGAAGUUGUGGUAACCAAAAAGAAAAAGAAACAAGAUCGUGACGAAUCGUCAUCGAAGAAAAAGAAACAAUCGAAAACCGAUGAUCAAUACACGGGAAUGGACCCAAGUUUUGCUGCAGCACUUCGUCGAGAUGAAGAAGAAAUUGCUGAUCUUGCAGCAAAACUUGGAGUAUCCAAGGGCAAAAGUGGAAAAGUCAAGCUGAACAAGGAGUACGCCAAAUUGGAAGGGUAUGGAGACGACUUUGGAGAUUUUCUUGAUGACUUGGACAAUCUUGUGCAUCGAAUCAGCAACCGCAGUAGUGAUGGCGAAGAAGAAUCGGAAGAAGAAGAGGAAGUGAGCAAGAAAGAAAUUACCAAAAAGGGGAAGCGGAAAGAAAAACCAGAGAGCAGUGACCGUUAUGCAAAAUUCGAACCCAACGUUGCAGCUGCGAUCCGACGAGAUGAUGAUGAGAUUGAAGAUCUUGAGAGAAAACUAGGUUUCAAGAAAAAGAAGGACAAGAAGAAACUACACACGGAGUACGCCAAACUUGAGGGUUUUGGCGACGAUUUUGGAGAUUUUCUGGAUGGUCUGGAUGACGUGAUUGAAAGAGUCGCAAAACCCAACUCAGAUCACGACUUGUAUACCAAAGGUGGGGCGUCGAAACGAGCUAGUAAGGAUAGAGAUGGUGACGACGAAUCAUCAGACGAAGAAGAAAUCGUUCCUAUGAAGGGUCUUGACGACGAAUCAUCAUCAGAUGAGGAAGAGGUAGUGCCAAUGAAAGAUUCCUACGAGGAACUUGAUGAAGACGAUAGUGUCCUGGACGAAUUGGAAGCCAUGAAAUCUCAAGAAGUGGGAGACUAUUCCGACGGAUCUGACCAAUCCGAAAGUGAAAAAGAAGAUAGUGAUGACGAGGGAGAAAAGUCGAUGAGUGAAGACGAGCAGAAAAGCGAUGAAUCUCUUAACAGCGAUGAUAGCGGAAGCACUGGCGAAGAAGAACCAGACCACGAUGUUGCCAACACUUAUACUCCCAGUACUGGGGAAGAUAUAUAUGGUAACAAGGUGGAUGGUUCUUCGAAUGCUUCAGAGAAGCCAAAGAAAUAUGUUCCUCCUCAUUUGCGAAAAGCCCAGGCAGAUGACGACAAAGACGAAGAAGAAAAACUUCUUAUGAUUAGGCGAUCUCUCAACAAUGCCAUGAAUAGACUUUCAGAGGACACCUUGAUCUCCGUAGCACAACAGGCUGCCAAGAUCUAUUCUGGUCAUCCCACCCAACUGGUGUUUAAAGUCCUGUGGAAGAACACCAAGGAUGCCUGUGUUGCACCCCCGAUGCUAAUGAAGGGGUUGAUUCCUGUGUAUGUCGCUUGUAUCGUUGGUACUCAUAUACAAACUGGCGACACUGUACAAAUUUGUGAAUUUUUGCUAGAAAUGGUGGUUGCAGACUUGUGGGCUUCGCUGAAAUCAUUCAGAAGCAAAGCGGCUGAAGGAGGCGUCAAAGACGACUCAUCAGAGCUUGAAAAGAAGCAAAUUUGCAACUUGAUGCUCCUUCUUUGUUAUUUAUACAACUACAGCGUCAUCCACUGCUCAUUCAUGUAUGACAUUGUCCGCCAUUUGAUUGAGAAUUUCUCGGAAGCUGAUAUUGAAUGUCUGCUUCUCUUGCUUUGCCACUGUGGUAAAUCACUUCGAUCAGACGACCCGCUUGCCUUGAAAGAAAUUGUCCUGCUCGUUCAGAAAAAGAAAAAGAGCAGUGAAUCAAAGCUUGCUUCGUCCUCGCGGGCAGAAUACAUGCUUUCGGCGAUUAUCGACUUGAAAAACAACAAACGUGGAAAGCAAGAUGAAGUUCUCGCUGAAAAGACGGCAAAGUUGAGAAGGCUGCUAGGGCGAAUCAAGUCGAGCUCUGCGUCAAAGAAAAAAUCAGAUGCGUCACUCAAAAUAGGUUUGAAAGACAUUCUGGAUGCUGACAUCAAAGGUCGAUGGUGGAAGGUCGGCGCCUCUUGGGUUGGAAACCAGUACAGGUUUGACGAUGGCAAUAGCCCAAAUCAGAAUGAGUCGGGGAAGAACCCCGAAUCAAGCUCCGCUAAAUCCGAAGAAGAUGAGGCUUUGCUGAAAUUGGCAUCUAAAUAUCGCAUGAAUACUGACCGAAAACGAUCGAUUUUCUGCAUCAUCAUGGGUGGAGCUGAUUGCGACGACACGUUUGAGAAGCUAUGCCGUAGCUCCAUGUUGCAGAAUCGUAGUGAGCGGGAUACAGUUCGUGUACUAAUGGCAUGUUGUGAAGGCGAAAAAGCUUACAACCGAUUCUAUGGCCAUUUGGCAAAUCGCAUCUGCGAAUACCAGCCACAGUGCAAGUUCUCUUUCCAAUUGGCCUAUUGGGAUGCCUUCAAACAAUUCGAAGGAAUGGGAGCAAGAAAGGCUGCGAACCUGGCCAAACUCUUGUUCCAUUUAGUGGUGACACAUCAAACAUUGAGAUUAGUACCAGUUGUCAAGGCAAUCGAGAUUGACGAAGAUAUGGAAGAGGCUGGUCUGAUAUUUUUGACUCUUCUGCUUACCGAUGUAUUUGAUUACUAUGACGAUCCAGCUUUGGUCAAGUCACUAUUUGCAGGUGGUGCUGGAAAGAAUGUGAGCGAGGAACAAGCUGAACAAGAAGAAGGAUUCCGAGCCAGUUUGCUUCUCUUUUUGUUGGAGACACUUAAGCACAGCCCGAAGAACAAAAAUGGUUCCAAGUUCAAGAAGAACUUCAAAGCAGCCGUCAAGGCACUGGAUACUGACGGUUUUGAAAGCAUGUUCUAG